AUGAACUUCUCACACGGCUCUUACGAUUACCACCAAUCUGUUAUCAACAAUGUGCGCGAAACUGUCGCUAGAAACCCAAACCACAGACCUUUGGCUAUUGCUUUAGAUACUAAAGGUCCCGAGAUUAGGACUGGUUUGAUGAAGGGCGGUGAAGACAUUAAUAUUGCUCAAGGCCAUGAAUUCUACGUUACAACUGACGAUUCCUACGCUGAAGCUUGCGAUGAUCAAUUCAUGUACCUCGAUUACAAAAACAUCGUUAACGUCAUCGAACCUGGUAAACUCAUUUACGUCGAUGACGGUAUUCUCUCUCUCUUAGUUCUCGCCGUUGAAGGUGAUAAGCUCAGAGUUAGAUGCCUCAACAAUGGCGUUCUCUCCUCACGUAAAGGUGUCAACCUUCCAAAGACUGACGUUGACCUCCCUGCUCUCUCACAGAAGGAUAGAAAUGACCUUCAAUUCGGUGUCGACAAUGGCGUUGAUAUCGUCUUUGCUUCUUUCAUUAGAAGAGCUGAGGACGUCAAAGAAAUUCGUAAGGUCUUGGGUGAAAAUGGAAAGAAAAUUAAAAUCAUCGUCAAAAUCGAAAACCAACAGGGUGUUAACAACUUUGAUGAAAUCUUGAAAGAAACCGAUGGUGUCAUGGUUGCUCGUGGUGAUCUCGGUAUUGAAAUUCCUGCCUCUCAAGUUUUCAUGGCUCAGAAGAUGAUGAUCGCAAAGUGCAACAUUGUCGGUAAACCUGUCAUCUGUGCAACUCAAAUGCUUGAGUCUAUGACUUUCAACCCACGUCCAACUCGUGCUGAAGUUUCUGAUGUCGCAAACGCCGUUCUUGAUGGUGCUGAUUGUGUCAUGUUAUCUGGUGAAACUGCUAAGGGUGCUUACCCAACUGAAUCCGUCAAAUUGAUGGGUGAAGUUUGUUUACUCGCUGAACACGCUCUCGCCAAUGGAAAGAUUUACCAAGAAUUGCGCGCUCUCGCACCAAGACCAAUGGACACCACUGAAACCAUCGCAUCUGUUGCUGUAUCUGCAGCUAUCGACCAGGGUGCUUCAGCAAUUUUAUGUAUGUCUACUUCAGGUAACACUGCAAGAUUACUCUCAAAGUAUCGUCCACGCUGCCCAAUUCUUUGCGUUACUCGUAAUGAACAAACUUCACGUCAACUUCACUUAAGUCGUGGCGUGUAUCCAAUCCAUUACAACGAGGUUAGACCAGCUGAUGAGUCUAACUGGCAAGUAGACGUUGAUAACAGAAUCCGUUUCGCUUUGAAGAAGGCUUUGGAUCUCGCUAUCGUUGAGAAGGGUACUACAGUACUCGCUGUUCAAGGCUGGAAGGGUGAUGCUGGACACACCAACACUCUCCGUAUUCUCUCAGUACCAGAAGAUGACAAAGAGUACGCUCUUCACCCAAUUGAAUAA